CUGAGAACUUCAAGAUUUCAAAUUAUAAUGUCUCUUCAAAUCAAACCUCCUGCUCAAGGAAAUCUCAUUACAGUUCUCAGCAUUGAUGGAGGUGGAAUCAAAGGAAUCAUCCCUGGAAUUAUCCUCGAUUUCCUCGAAUCAGAACUCCAGAAGCUAGAUGGGGAGGAUGCAAGGCUUGCAGAUUACUUUGAUGUGGUUUCAGGAACAAGCACUGGUGGUCUCAUCGCUACCAUGUUAACUGCACCGAACGAAAAUAAUCGUCCAUUAUAUGCUGCAAGUGGAAUCAAGCCUUUUUACCUGGAAAACGGUCCUAAGAUUUUCCCACAAAAGAGUGGGAUCUUGGCUUCGGUUGAGAAUCUAUUCAAGGCUUUCACAGGCCCAAAAUAUGAUGGGAAAUAUCUACACAGCCUCCUCAAGGAUAAAUUGAAAGACACAAGGUUGCACCAGACCUUGACAAAUGUGGUUAUUCCCACUUUUGACAUCAAGGAACUCCAGCCCACCAUCUUCUCCUCAUACCAGGUGACAACCACCCCAUCCUUGGAUGCUAAAUUAGCAGACAUAUGCAUAAGCACAUCGGCUGCGCCAACAUUUUUGCCGGCCUAUUAUUUUGAAAACCCAGAUGAGAAAGGAGGAAAAAUGCGAGAAUUCAACCUCACUGAUGGUGGUGUGGCUGCUAACAAUCCGACUUUGCUUGCCAUUAGUGAAGUCGCGAAACAGGUAUCCAACAAAAACCCGGAUUUCUCCCCAUUCAAGCCCAUGGAAUAUGACCGUCUUCUGGUAAUCUCACUCGGCACUGGCUCAGCAAAAACGGAGCACAAGUACAAUGGUAAAAUGGCUUCAAAGUGGGGAUUGGUAGAGUGGUUAUACAAUGGUGGAAAUACUCCAUUAGUGGAAUGCUUUGCCCAAGCAAGUACUGAUAUGGUUGACUUCUACAUCUCUCUUGCUUUUCAAACCCAUCAAUACGAAGAGAAUUACCUCCGCAUUGAUGAUGAUACCUUAACCGGGACUUUAGCUUCACUUGACGUAGCUACAACAGAGAAUUUGAACAACCUUGUACAAGUGGGAGAGAAGCUGUUGAAGAAACCAGUUUCAAGGGUGAAUUUGGAGACAGGCCAAUAUGAACCAGUCAAGAAUGGCGGGAGUAACGAGAAGGCAGUCAGAAAGUUUGCCAAGAAACUUUCUGAUGAAAGGAGACUCCGUGAGUCAAUGGCUCAGCCCGCCCAGGAUUUAGAAUAAUAUGAAAUGGAUGUUGAUCUAUCAUUAUUGACCAGUUCUUCACCGCACAUGUGCGUGCUUGGUUAGUUGGAUUUUAUUGUUUGUCAAUCCCACGUGGCCAAAUUUUUAUAUGCAACUUGGAAUAACAGCAUCAAAUAAACGACGAGAUUUGGUUUCUCGCUUUUUAAAACCACAUCGUUUUGUUUAAUGUUCUUUAAAUUGCUUCCUUCUUCUA